AUGAGGCCUUUCCAUCGCUCACUCCGUGCGCCGCGGAAGACGACUCUGCAGCAAAUCCGGCAUUUCCAUCCGACAAGACCGUCGCCUUUCGUCAACGAACUAUUAGACGCUUCAUCCGCAUUUAUACAGGGUGUCCAUUCAAUCAGUGGCUUGUCAUGGGCGGUAUCCAUUCCAUUGACCGCAUUGAUCGUCCGAUCAACCGUCGCAAUGCCUUUACAGAUAUAUACUAAGAUCCAAGCGCGCAAAGAGCGAGAUUUGGUCCCACUUCUCUCUUCCUGGAAGAAGCAUUACAAAGACGAUAUACUGCGAAACCAAUACAAAGUCGACGACGUUAACGACAUUCAAAACCUUUCGGCUGCAACUCCCAUACUAGCGCAACGUAUGAAAUCGAAACACGCGGACUUAAAAAAAAGAUGGAACAUCCCAAGAUACUGGAAACCGCUUAACUUCCUCCAAAUCCCGAUUUGGAUAUCGGUCAUGGAGGCACUCCGAGCCAUGUCCGGAAACGACAAGGGCCUUAUCCCGUAUCUCCUGUCCCUCAUCGAACCUACCAAUUCAUCCGGAGCCCCCCGUCUCCAUCUAGAAGUCGAGCCCUCCCUAGCGACAGAAGGCGCGCUUUGGUUCCCCGAUCUACUAGCAGGCGACACAACGGGUAUUCUCCCAGCCGCAUUAACGAUGUCUAUCCUACUCAACAUCAGCGCCGGUUGGAAAGCCAAGAAGUUCUCGGAGAUGGCCGAUUUGCCGAAGAUAGAGCUGUAUAGGGCUUUGACUGUGCGCGGAAUUAGAGCUUUCAUCCAGGUCCUCGCCCUGAAUGUCGGUCUUUCGUCUUAUUACUAUGAAAUGCCGGCGGCGCUUUUGCUUUACUGGACUACUAACCUACUCUUCAUGAUGUCCGAAGAGGCAUCGGUGAAGGUCACACGAGUCAGACACAGGAGCGGUCAUGUCCGCAUCACGAGGCCCCGUCGAAGUCAAUACACCUGUGCACAGGAUGAUACACUUAGCCUUAAACGUCGACUUGUUCCGACUUCGGCCAGUGACUCGCUCAGAGGACUAUUUAUCCUUAUCUACACGGGUUGGCACGUGAAAGAAGGAUACGAACAGUCGACUUAG